GCCUGAUGGUUCAUUGUUUAUUUUUGCGGACCGAUCAUCAGAGGUUUUCAAUGUCACAGGAAACACCACAGUGAAGGCCAUGCCCGAGAUGCCCGGAAUGCACAGGACAUAUCCCAAUACUGGAGGCAGUGUCAUGCUCCCUCUGCACAAGCGCAACAACUAUGAGCCUGAAAUCAUGAUCUGCGGCGGGGGCCAAACGCAAGCCAUUGACAGUCCAUGCGAUGCGACGUGUGGAAGAGUGAAACCGAUCAGCGCGGAUCCGGAAUGGCAAAUGACUUCGAUGCCCGAGCCUCGUGGAAUGGUUGAAGGGGUACUGCUUCUCGACGGCACCGUGCUCUGGCUUAAUGGUUGUCAAAGAGGAGCACAGGGGUUCGGUUUGGCAACUGAACCAGCUCUGGAGGCAUUGAUCUACAAUCCCGCUGACCUUCGAUGGUCGAUAUCAGGAAGGUCGAAGAUAGCAAGACUGUACCAUUCAGUAGCGCUGCUCCUGUUGGACGGCACAGUUCUCAUUGCCGGCAGCAAUCCCAACGAGAUGCCGGUUACGAUGGACCAUGUCGAUAUCCAGAAUCCGUACAAAGCAUUUCCUACCGACUUCAGAGUGGAAAUAUACACACCGCCGUACCUAAGAGGAGACAAAUCUCUCCAGCGACCUACCAACGUCAAGCUGUCAAACCAGACAUUGGGAAUCAAUUCCAGAUUCACUGUGGAAUUCAGCGUCACGAAUGUCUUGGAGACCCUGGAUAUCAUCCUAUAUACGAACGGCUUCGUGACGCACUCUGUCCACAUGGGACAAGUUCUGGUGUAUCUGGAGAACAAUGGCUGGGAGACUUUGGGUAAUGGUCGGAAGCGUAGUCAGGUUUGUUUGCCAGGGGAUAUCAAGAUUGCACCAGGACCGUACGUGGUGUAUGUAGUUGCAAAUGGGGUGCCUGGUGUCGGACGGUUUGUGACACUGCGGUUGUGAGGAUGGAGGCUUUGACAGUAUUGGCAUUGUCCAGAUCACUUUCGUUGACAUGCAUUAGAAGCUCGUUGGAAAGAAUGGAAAGCUAUGAGUAGUCCGAGUGUCCGAGAAGGGAACGGCG